CGCAUUAUACUGCGACUCAAGGAAGAGACUCCAUUCGAUACUUGUUGUUAUUAUCCUGAGCUAACUGUCAACCAGAAAGCCUCCUGUUUUAAACCUAAACGUCAAAAUGUCUUCAGACUUUGAAGCAUACGAGCUGGACUUUGGAACCAUUACUGCAGAAGUAACUAAUAAAAUUGGCCGAAUUCCCAAACUAAGUGGAGAGGAGAAGACACAGCUGGUUCUAAAUGUCGACAAACAGCUUGAAGAAGUCAGAGAGUUGCUGGAGCAGAUGGACCUGGAGGCGCGGGAGAUCCCCAUCCAGAGCCGAGCCAUGUACAACAGCAGACUGAAGAGCUACAAGCAGGAGAUAGAGAAGCUCGAGAAAGACUUUAAAAGGUCACGUAUUGCCUACAGUGAUGAGGUGCGCAACGAGCUCCUGGGGGAUGAGGCCAGCUCCUCGGAGAACCAGUUGAUAAAGUUGCGUGAAGAGAGAGCGCAUCUGUUGGACAACACAGAGAAACUGGAAAGGUCAUCACGGAGACUGGAGGCCGGCUACCAGAUAGCAGUAGAAACUGAACAAGUGGGUCAGGAGAUUCUUGGCAACCUGCACAGUGACCGUGAGAAGAUCCAAAGAGCCAGAGAACGGCUGAGAGAAACGGACGCCAACCUGGGCAAGAGUUCUCGCAUCCUUACCGGCAUGCUGAGAAGGUAAGAGGCAGGAUCAUCCAGAAUCGCGUCCUGGUCUUCAUGCUCGGAGCCAUCAUCCUUCUCACCAUCAUCCUGGCCAUCUAUUUCAAUCUGCGAGGCCACUGAUCUCCCCUCUACACAAAUACACGCGCGCACACACACUCCCUCCUCCCCUGACACAAAUACAAACACACACACACGUGUGAUUAAUAGCGACAAAAGCAUUGUUCUGCUGUAAUUAGGACAAAUGGUCCCCAUGAAUCACUGUUUCCAAAGUCUGACAGGGAGCUUUUUUUCCAUCUCUUUCUCCUUCUUGCUGUUUCUUUCUCUCUUUCUGUCUCUUUUUUCCCGCACUUUGCACUUCCCUUUCUCUUUUCUUUCUUCUUCUUUCUUUUCUCCUCUCAGUUUUGCUCUUUCUCUCUCUCUCUCUCUCUCAUACAUCUCCAGGGACACGAAUAGGAGAUGUUUUUACGAUGGUUAAUAUUUUUCAUGGUGUCGUCCUCAGCGUUGUUCUGCAUCCCAUCUCGUCCCCAGGUGAACAAGGCCUGAGGUUUUGUUUUUUUGUAACUCAAAGCAGAUUCAGAUAUGUAGUUUUUUUUCUUUUCUUCUUGUGAUAGAGGUGGGUCAGGUGUUAUUCAGAAUAUGUGUGUGUGUGUGUGUGUGCAUGCAUGAGAGACAGAGAGAAAGACAGAAAGGUAUCAGAGUGCACACAUAAUGUAUGUUUGCAUGUGCAUGAGUGACAGUCAUUUGGGGCCCACAUUGUGUUGGUUAUUAACGCCAACAGUAGACAUGCUGUUGUAUGUUUGAGCUUCUGUAACUAAAUGAUGCAGCUGUUCUUCAUGUGGCCCAUACAAAGCACAGAGGACAGUGCCUUCAGAUAAGAUAUGCUGUUCACACUCCUUCUUUAAAAAGCUCAGCAGAGCCCAAAAUAGACAAAUGGCGCAGCCUUGAAAAGAGAGGAUGCACAUAAAAAGGUUGAGGUCAGUUCAGUCAAUGGAAGGGUGUAAGUUGUAAAAUGUACUCUUUUAAUAUGUUGUUAACACAAAGGGGAACUGACCCCAACCUCGGAACAUACAAUACAAUAAUAAAAUGCACAUUAUAUCUGGCUUUAAUAUCCACAUUUGGUACACCUCCCAAAACACAAAACUCAUUCCCGCAGACCUUUUAAUGUAUCUAUCAUUGUGCAAAAGUAUAUGCGUCAUGCUGUAUCGACUAACAUAUAAAUCUACAUCAUGUAUAGUGUUUUACUCUAAAUACAAGUGAUUCUGUUCCUAUUUAUUUAUAAAUGCAAUUAACGUUUCCGUGUUAGAACUGUAUAUUUCAUGAAGUUAAAAGGUGUUCAGAAUUAACAUUAACAAUAUGUUUGUUUGUUUUUCUUGAUGUAUGGGUGUUCGGUGAUUAGACUCUAACAUGCAGACCGCACACCAGGACCAACUGAAAUGUGUGAACUCAAGUUUUUUGUGUCUUAAAGGUGUUUUCUUCUCCUUCUGUUCUUAUAAAUGGAUCUAACUUGUUUUAGAACGGGCACUUUUUCGUCUAUAUUUUUCUUGUCAAGUUCUGAAGAUUGUGAUGCAGUCCUCGUUUCUGUGUUUAUCUGUACGCUGACUUAUGAUGUGAUACAUUUGCAGGUGUUUGAAAAAGAAAAAGAAAAAACGUG